GGGUGAUCAGGAGCCGGGUGCGGAGAGAGCGCGUGAUACUAUGGGCGGAUCACCUCCCGGCCCCGCCUCCUUCGCUGUGUCAGGUGACUGUGUACAGUGGUAGGAGUUUGCUGUUGACGGUCAGUGCCCAGCUGUCAGCUGAGUUUUCAUCCAUCUAACGGGACGAACAUUAGAGGAUUCUCCCCAGUGAGCUUCGAGGAGUCAGAACACCUACUACGAUUUUUCCCCUUACCUAGUCUCUGUAGAGUUUGAUUUUUGUUUUUGCUGCUUCUCCCUCGAAGACACACGAACGUGCGACGACAAUGGCGCUGAGCGACGCCGAUGUGCAGAAACAGAUCAAACACAUGAUGGCCUUCAUUGAGCAAGAGGCCAAUGAGAAAGCAGAAGAAAUAGAUGCAAAGGCAGAAGAGGAGUUUAACAUUGAAAAGGGCCGCCUUGUACAGACACAGAGGUUAAAGAUCAUGGAAUAUUAUGAAAAGAAGGAAAAGCAAAUUGAGCAGCAGAAGAAAAUUCAAAUGUCUAACUUGCAGAACCAGGCUAGAUUGAAGGUCCUCAAAGCCAGAGAUGAUCUCAUUUCGGAUCUGUUGAAUGAAGCUAGGCAGAGACUAGGCAGAGGGGCAAAAGAUCCUACAAGAUACCAAACACUUCUGGAUGGACUGAUACUGCAGGGCUUUUACCAACUGCUGGAACCUAUGGUGAUUAUUCGAUGUCGCAAGCAAGACACUGCUGUAGUUAAGGCCUCCAUCAACAAGAAUGUUCCCAUUUACAAGAACAGUGUAAAUAAAGAUAUUGAUGUUCACAUUGACCAGGAAAAUUUUCUGCCUGAAGACAUUGCUGGAGGUGUUGAAAUGUAUGAUUGUACAGGAAAAAUAAAAGUUUCCAAUACCUUGGAGAGUAGGUUGGACCUCAUUGCACAGCAGAUGAUGCCAAAGAUCAGAGUGGCUUUGUUUGGUCCCAAUCAAAACCGGAAGUUCUUGGACUAAAUUCUGUGCUUUAGACCUAUUGUAUCCUAACACACUAUAAUAAAAAGAUGUAAAAGUUACAGACAUAAUUUAAAAAAAAAAUCCAUUGUACUUGCUGUUCUGUGGUGUUGUAUCUAAACUAUGUUUGAAACUAAUUUCAUUUGGUUGUUUCUGUAUAUAACUAAGGGAAAUUGCCAAAGGCAUUGGGAGAUCACUGGGCUUAUUGAGGAACUCCAGAUUGUUCAAGUCAGUUGGGUUUUUUUUUUUUUGUAUAAACAUUUUUCUUCCCAAAUGUGAUCAAAGCUUUAGGUUUUUUUUUGUAGCACAAGUAUCAAUCAUUGCAGCACACAGGUGAUUUCCCAAAAUAUAGAACAAGUGAAAUAUAAAGAAAAUAUUAAUUCUAGUGUUGCUGAUAAGUCAGUCCUGUACUAUUUAAUUGCAUUGUGUUUUCAGGUACUGUAUGUGUAUAUAUGGUUCUGAAAUAAACAUCUUUUGCUGGAUCUUGUAUCUUUGCAAUCAUGAAAUAACUAAA